AUGGCCCGAAAAGGCGUACCGCAACCGCUUACGCUGGCAGAAUCCGGAACUCCUGGAAAAGAAACCUCUCCGCGCCUUGGUGACACCACCCAACGACAACAACAAGCCCCAAGCAGCAGCGCCGUCAGUGCCACCGGUAGUGGUAGUAGUUUGGCCAGCGGGCGCUCGACUCCGCAAGCCUCGCGAUCGCCAAGGUCCCCACGUUCCCCUUUCAAGAUCGGCCUUCAAAAGCCAGAAUCCCCCGGGGAGCCACCGAGAACCUCGUCACCCCCGACCCAGCAACCCGUCGAAGCCGUCGCCGUUUCCCAAGACCAGCGCUAUCAACGGCAGAAAUCCCCAGAGGUCCCGCCCGAGGACCAUUCACGCGCGACCACCUCCACGCCGGUACCGUCGCAAUCGUCCGAUCAUCAGGGCCACAAACAUAGCCGAAACGACGAGGACAAGUCGUCCAAGUCGAGUUUCUUUCUCAGCUUUGGAAAACCAAGCAGGUCGUCAGAACGCGCAAAUUCUCCUCAGCUCUUCGAAUCGCGAACAGAAGAUCCGUCAUAUAACGAAUACCCAUCGCAAGGGAAGAGCCCAACUCUGCCUGCCAAGUCUGAAGUAUCUCUAAUCUCAUCCAACGAAUACGAAACAGCGAACAAAAACAGAAGGAGCAAACCCAAACCAUUCACCCUAUUAAGUCGCACAAGAUCGCACAAGGAGAAGGAGAAGGAAAACCAACCAAAUUCUCGAGAACCUGUGUACGCGCCCGCGAGACCUGGCGAACCCGACAAGGUGUAUGCGACAUCAGCACCGAGAACUGCACCAAUACAAGAACGCACAUUUCGCGACAUGAUGGUGUCCGGACCAAGAGGCCAUUCGGCGGAGAGGGCGGGUGGUAGCAAGCAUUUUGAGGGCAUAAACAGGAAUCAGUCCAUAUCGCUCAAGGAGGCAGGCGGAUCGCUCUUUAACGGACUAAAAGAAAGUAGAGCCGCCGGCUUUCUCACCAAAAAGUUGUUUGGAAGUUCGAGGGAAGACAGGUUCGCACCAAAGGAGCCGGUAAUAGACGACGAGCAUUACGUUCUCAAGGUUAUCAACCUACCGCUCGUUGAGCAGACGCGGUUAACCCGAAUAUCCAAGAGGCUGGAGGACUCGCGCGACAAGACAGAGUUUUGGAUGCCAGCGUUCCCCUGGAGAGCGAUCGACUAUCUCAACUACAAGGGAAGCGACGUUGAAGGGUUAUAUCGAGUUCCUGGCAGUGGACCGCAAAUCAAAAAGUGGCAGCGGAAAUUUGACGAAGAGCUCGAUGUGGACCUUUUCGAACAACCAGAUCUUUACGACAUCAACAUUAUCGGCUCCAUGUUAAAGGCAUGGCUCCGCGAACUACCCGACGAACUAUUCCCGAAAGCAGCCCAAGAAAGAGUGGCCAAGGAAUGCGCGGGGGCAGAGAAAGUGCCCGAGUUACUUAGAGAAGAGCUCUCCAACCUUUCGCCCUUCAAGUACUACCUACUCUUCGCCAUUACAUGUCACCUCAGCCUGCUGCUCGCGCACUCGGACAAGAACAAGAUGGAUUUCCGGAAUCUCUGCAUUUGCUUCCAGCCAUGCAUGAAGAUCGAUGCCUUUUGCUUCAAGUUCCUGGUAUGCGACUGGAGGGACUGCUGGAAGGGAUGCAAGAACGAAGCCAAGUACAUCGAGGAGGAGUAUGCGCUAUUCGACCAACCGCCACCAAGGAGCCACAGGGUUACUAAGCGGGAGACGGAGUUGAGGGAAAGGGAGGAACAAGAAGACCGGGAAAGGGCAUUACAGCGAGAACGAGAAAGGGAGCAAAGAGCUCAUCAACAACAGGGGGGUCAGGUUAUUCCUCCAGCCCAUCGCAACGGAAAUGCGCAACAACCAGCGCAACCACCGCCAGUCCAGCGACUAAGGAAAAAGAACACGACGCAAGAAACAACACAAACAGCCACUGUUGACACCGGCUCAACAAUAUUGACGACCAUCACGCUGGUCAGUGAUCGAGACGCGUCACCUGCGCGAGGACCAAAUCAUCAGAACCGGAGACAAUUACAACCGGGUGAGCUACCGGCUCUUUCGCCCAUAAAACCACUGUCACCGAUGGGGUUUUAA